UCAAGAAAUUUCGUAUAUAAAAGUCAAAACGACUAAUAUAUUACAAUUCCAUUUUUUUUUUAUUUUUUAUUAUUGUUUUAUUCUUAUUCCCUCCAAAAAGGCCUAAAAAUCUCAGAGCCCUAAUUUUUGGUCCAUUAGGGUUUUUGCCUCCAAAGCUCUAAACCUUGGGCGCUGAAGAAGCCCAUCAACUUCGUCUUCAACCUCUCUCUCUGUACAUUCAAAUUUUUGAAUAGCUUCAAUAUAAAAUUAAAAGCCCUCCUUUUUUGCUUUUUGCGCGUUUCCUGAUCUCCACCACUUCGAUACAGAUGGAUGCCCUUUUAGUACCCACUGAUAACAAUGAGCUUCUAGGCUCUGAUAUAUUGCCUAAUAAGCGUAGAAGGAAGAAAUCUAUUGUUUGGGAGCACUUUGUGGUCAAAAAAGUUGAUGCUGAACACAUUAGGGCCUAUUGUAAACAGUGCGAAAAGUCUUUUGCUUACAUUACUGGCUCGAAGCUGGCAGGAACCAGCCAUCUUAAACGUCAUAUUGCCUUGGGGAUCUGUCCAGUAACUCGUCAGAAAAAUCAACUAAUGACUGGUACACCUGGCCCAAGAUCUGUUGUUACUGAACCCCCAAAGAGACGUUAUAGGACAAGCCCUGUUUUCCCAACCUUCAUUUUUGACCAAGACCGCUGUUGUCAUGAGAUUGCCAAGAUGAUAGUUCUGCAUGAAUAUCCACUCCAUAUGGUAGAACAACCUGCUUUUAUUGAAUUCAUUCGGACUCUUCAACCCCAGUUCAAAAUGCCAAGCUUCAAUACUGUUCAAGGUGAUUGUGUGGAUAUGUACCUGAAAGAGAAGCAAAGCCUUUUGAAUCUUGUGAAUAGAAUCCCUGGAAGAGUCAGCCUUGCCUUGGAUUUAUGGGUUUCAAAUCAAGACCUGGGGUAUGUUUUCGUGACAGGCCACUUCAUUGAUGGUGACUGGAAUUUACACCGCCGCAUUCUAAAUGUUAUAAUGGUACCAUCUCCUGAUUCUCCGGAGUCUUUUAGUCAAGCUGUCGUGUCUUGCCUGUCAGAUUGGCAUUUAGAAGGUCGGUUGUUUACCUUGACUCUUGACCAAUCCUUUGUGAAUGAAACUGCAUUUGAUAAUCUAAGAGGCUUUCUUUCUGUCAAGAACCAUAUCCUGCUCAAUGGUCAAUUAUUGGUUGGAAAUUGCUUUGCUCGUGUUCUUAGUAACAUCGCCCAAGAUGCUUUGGGGAUCAUGAGAGAAGUUAUUUGUAAAAUACGUGAAAAUGUAAAGUACGUCAAAACUUCGGAAACUCACGAAGACAAGUUUUUAGAGCUGAAGCAACAACUCCAAGUUCCUAGCAUGAAGGACCUUGUAAUCGAUGACCAAACUAAAUGGAACACUACAUAUCAUAUGCUGGUGGCAGCUUGUGAAUUACAAGAAGUAUUUGCUUGCUUAGAUACCUCGGACCCUGACUACAAGAUAACUCCUUCAAUAGAUGAAUGGAGACAGGUAGAAAUUCUCUGCAUGUACCUGAAAUAUUUGUAUGACGCGGCUAAUAUUUUAACUGCCCCAACAUACCCUACUGCAAAUGUCUUUUUUCCUGAAGCCUCAAAAAUUCAGAUGGAUUUAUUUCAAGCUUCCAUGUGUGAUGAUCCUUUUAUCAGCUACUUGACCAGACCUUUACAUGAGAAGUUUGAUAAAUAUUGGAGUAAUUGUUGCCUGGUUUUAGCAGUUGCUGUGGUUAUGGAUCCAAGGUUCAAAAUGAAACUUGUGGAGUUUACAUUCUCCAAGAUUUACGGUGAGAAUGCUGAGACAUGGAUUAGAAUUGUCGAUGAUGGCAUCCAUGAACUCUUUAUCGAAUAUAUGACACAAAUGUUAGCUUUACCAGAAGUGAUGAUGGAAGAAGUAGAUGAUAGCAUGAUCAAAUCAGAGCCACCUCAUGAUAUUUGUCAUGAUCAUGAAGGUCCUUAUAUUUCUACUGGGGAUGGGCUUUCGGAUUUUGAAAUCUACAUCUCUGAGAUUACAAGUAGCCAUCAAAUGAAGUCAGAAUUAGAUCAGUAUCUAGAAGAGUCUCUUCUACCUCGGGUACAAGAGUUCGAUGUUCUGAGUUGGUGGAAUCAGAACAGAUUAAAAUACCCUACUCUAUCUAGGAUGGCUUCUGAUAUUUUGUCAAUACCAGUAUCUAGUGUUGCUCCUGAAUGUGUUUUUGACACCCAAAUAAAGAGAAUGGACAAGUACCGGAGUACGUUGCAUCCAGUGACAGUUGAGGCCCUUAUUUGUGCCAAGGAUUGGCUCCAAUUCGGGUCAUCAACACAAACACCCUCACCAACUUUUGAGGUUACUAAUGCAAUUGUGAAAAUGGAAUUUUAGGUUUAGAUUUAGGUUUCAUUUUCUCCCUGUAGGUAUGGUAGAUAAUGAUACCCUCAUUGGAUUUUUUUUUUCUUUCUUAAAUGGACCAAUAAGUGGUUCAAGUCAUUGCUUUUUAUGCUGUCUUAAUUUUCAUCUAUUAUAGAAUGUUCAUAGUUUUUUGAUGCUUGCAAUAGGGAAAUUGUCCUAUUCUUGGAUUCUUUGAACUUUGGGACUUCUUGCCCUGGCUAAUUUUUCCAUAUUCUGGCUUGGUUGGCUUAUACAAAUUAUUUACUUCAUAAA